AUGGUAACCAAAUAUAUGACACCAACGAUAACAACAUCCGGUAAUUUGACUUAUGAAAGUCAUGCAUCAAAUAUUGAAGAAUUGCAAUUUGUUAUUUCAAGCGAAACGGUCGAAGGUCGUUCGAAACAUCCAAAUGUUACCUUUACCAUACAAAUUACACGAAAAUCAUGCAAAGCAAUAAAAUUAUGUUUCGGCAAUAAAACUAAUUUAUCCCGGCAUUUCGGUUUGCUAACAGGAUUGGAAUUUGGAGAGAAAGAUUAUACAAAAAAAUUGAGCCGAAAAGUUUUCGCAUUGGUACAACGAUCAUUAUAUGAAAUAGAUGCAUGCAAAGGUAUGACAGCAAUCGAAUGGGAAUUCCCGAAACCAUGGAUAUGGAGUAAUACAAGUCAACAAAAAGGAUACAUGCAUUAUUCAGCUCUCUACAAAAGUGAAGUACCAAGUAGUUAUCGCACUAAAAUGAGUGGUAUAUCAAAUGUGGAAACAAUUAUCCUACAUAAUGAUUUUGAAUCAGUACCUCAAAAAUUUGGUUUGGAAGUAAGGCAUGGUCCAAUACUUUUUGAUGAGCCAAUAGAUGAAGUAGCACCUGCCUAUACGACAUUUUAUGAAACAUUCGAUUUAUGGAGUCAAUCAAAAGAAUUAUAUUUUGUUCUUGCACAAGAUGCUAAUUCAUGUGGUGCUCGUCUUUUA